GACUUUCCAGACCCGAUAAAACUUCCACCAAACUGAGUGAUGGCGGCCGUCGUGUCUGUUAGCACAGCUGCCAGAGACGAAAGCACAGACACAGGACUCAGUUUCGCCUCUCGUCCGCUUCAUGAUAAUUACGACCUCGCAUCGGACCACGAAAGCUGGAUGCCCGGAGACCGACGAAAUCCCGAAAUCGAACCCGGCGAAGAGGACUCAAUUUCGGAACGCGAGUGUCAGCGGAGGGUCGACGAGGACUUGACAUCACUGAGCCCCGAAGAGAUAGAGAGCCGCUUGGAGAGAACCCGCCGGGAGUUUUACAACCGUAGAAAAAUUAUCAUUAAAAAUCUGCCAUCCGACGUUAGCAAUCAGGAGGUCCAUGAGCUGUUGGGAAACUAUGACUUGAAGUACUGCUUUGUUGACAAAUACAAGGGCACAGCAUUUGUGACACUGCUCAAUGGGGAGCAGGCGCAGUGUGCCAUCAAAGAAUUCCACCAGCAUGUGCUACGGGACAGGGAAAUCUCUGUGCAGCUGCAGCCAACAGACGCUCUGCUAUGCAUCGCCAACUUGCCCUGUGCUUUCACCCAGCAGCAGUUUGAGGAGUUGGUGAGACCCUUUGGUAACCUGGAGCGGUGCUUUCUUGUGUACAGCGCCUCCACAGGGCAUUCCAAGGGCUAUGGCUUUGUGGAGUACAUGAAGAAGGACUCGGCGGCCAGGGCCAAGUCAGAGCUUUUAGGAAAGCAGCUGGGCUCCCGUAUGCUGUAUGUCCACUGGACUGAGGUGGGCUCCCUCACAUACCCACUGCUGCACUCUAAAUGCCUGUGCGUGGACCGCCUGCCCCCAAGCCUGCUGACAGCCCAGGACCUCCGCAACGCCUUGGCUGACACCCAUGCACCAGUGUUCUGCCAGCUGGCUCAGGGACAAGAUGGAAGUUUUCGACGGUUUGCGGUGUUGGAGUUUGCCACAGCUGAGAUGGCUGAGGAGGCACAGCGACUCACUGAUGGCAGGAUGCUAGGUGGGACCCAUAUCAGGGUUUCCUUCUGUGCUCCUGGGCCACCUGGAAGAAGCAUGUUGGCUGCUCUGAUUGCAGCCCAAACCAUGGCUGUGAAUAGGGGUAAGGGUCUUCUCCCUGAUCCCACUGCCAUGCAGAUAUUAACAGGCCUCAAUAACCCUGCCACCCUCAAGAUGUUGCUCAACCCACUGUCACAGGGACACAAACAAGGCCUUCUUGGGGCAGCCCCUACAAUGCCCCUGCUGGCCAACCCUGCCCUCUCUGCCGCCCUUCUCCAGAUGCUCCUUCAGAACCAGGCCAAGGCCCAGCAGCAAGCCUUUCUGGGAAAUCAUCUUCUUUGGGCUCAGGUGCUGCACAAUAAAGAAAACCCUCUAGUUCCUUGUGCAGGACUCAUUGGGGAGAAUCCUCUGGCUGCUCUGCCUGUCCAGCAGGGAGUCCAUCUGCUCGGAGACCUGCCCCAAGGCGGUGUAGUUGCAGGUCUUGGUCUUCAGACAGAUCCUCUAAACCCCCUAAAGUCAUUGCCACUUGGCAGAGCUCUUGCAAGGGAGCAGGAGUCCCCCACAGCAGCGUGCACAUUCCCCCAGACUUCCUCUCCCACCCUGCAGGGUAUCUCCAUGCCCCUGAUGGGUGGCAUGAUGGGGGCAGAUGGCCUUACAGCACAAGGGGUGUCUAUACUAGGAGAUCCACCCAAGGACGUUAACCUUCCCCAGAGUGCCUUCCUCAAUGUCAACAAUGUUUUCCCCUCAGGAGGAAGCUGCAGACCUCACCCCUAUAGGAAGAGGCCAACACUAAGUAAUGUCUCCAACCAGCACACACACCAAAGCAUACAGCCAAAUUACAACCUGCGCUACCAGGAUUCCUACAGCCCAGAAUAUCCUCCACUACACCAGGAUCCCCUGGCCCACUUAUAUGAACAGCAAGAGAACCUUGAUACUGGGGCCUUGGCAGGAUUCGGUCAGCAGCUCUCUCGUCACCCUGACUACAGUGAGCGGUUUUCCCACUACAGUUACCCUCCCAGCCCCCCCCUCUCCUACUUCAGCUCAGGGCCUGAGGAUUCCAGUAACGGUAGCCUCCCUACCACCCAGCUCAACAGGGCUGUGGGAAUGCCUCCUGUGAGCCACACUACAAACUACCCCCCAGGCCUGGGGAAUGCAGUGAAGACUCCCAUUGGUAGCCACAAGCGUGUGUUCUCCCGCCUGAUCCCAUCUCCGGAGCCGAGUCCUGAGGGCAGCUAUGUGGGCCAGCACUCCCAGGGCCUUGGUGGCCAUUAUGCAGACUCCUACCUUAAGCGAAAGCGUAUUUUCUAAAUGCAGCUGAAUGCUUCUUGCUAUACGAGUAGCCAUUCAACAGCCAGGACACAAUGGCAUCUCCUCUGGUCUCCUCUAAUGAACUUGAGCUUGGUUGUCCUUGGAUUUGUCCCCUGUGUACUCCUGUGAGUGACCCCUGGGGGGUGCUGGGGAGUGCAGCCUGUUGCUAUCUGAACAGCUGUGUCACUCUAUGGGAAUUCUUGGUGGUUUUUUUUUUUUUUUUUUUUCCCCUGUUGUGUGUGCGUGUGUAUAUAUGAUUUUAGUGUGUUAGUAAAUUUAACCUUUUUUUUAAAUUUGACUUUUAAUUUGUUAAACUUGUACAGUGAGAAAAAAAUGGUUAAUUAGCUGAUGAAGUCUUUUCUCUUAAGCAUUUUUUUUAUUCCUGUGUUGAGUGUGGUGUAUCAGCAGAGCUACAGAUAGUUUGGCCAGUUUUCAGUGGCAGCCAUAGGCUGUUUUUUUAUGUUUGACACCUCACUAAAGGGAUGCUGUCCACAAUUUCAGGCAAAGGGUCUUGCAUAGUAUAAAAACAAGCUUUACUUCAAAGGCUCUACUUUUUUUUUUAUUUUUAAAUAGCCUUCUUAAUUCCUUGUAAAAAGUUCAGUAGUUUGUUUAACGAGAUGGUGUUUUUGUGUUGUGGUAUAUUUUGUUUUCCCCUUUCUUCCACAGGGUUGUAUAUUUUGCUGUAUGACUCUAUUUCUGGAUCAGGCCUCUCCUCAUUGGUUAACAUUCAGCUUUCCAUCCACCAAUGAUAGCUGUAUGUACCUGCCUGUGUAUUAUGACAGUGAAGCUUUUUACCAUUCUGACAUAUUUUCUCAAGCCUAAACUGUUGUCACGUUGUUUGUCUUUUGAUCCACACCCUCCAACCUGUUUAUGGAGUCUGUUCUCUACACUGGUUGUUGAGUGAUGCACUUGGAGGGCACAGGUCACUAUCCUAAUCUGUUCUCACCUCUAUAAGAUGCCAUUUUCAAAUCUCCAUGAGUUGAAUAUUUUUUGUGUUUAUGUGAAGUUCUGUGUAUAUUUUGAAUGUCUUUUAUGUCCAAACACCACACCUCGAUGGUUGAGUUGGGUGGGUGGACAUGCGCUGUGUGCCAUCUCGCCAGCUGUCAGCUGAUGGAUACAGGAACGUUAACCAUCUAUACGAUGCGAGAGGUUUGAGAUCUCUAGACGAGUAGAUGGCAGCUGGAAUGAUGGACACUGCCCAUGUUCAGUUUUCCAUUAAUGUUGGGAGUUAAGUCUGUCUGGGGAGGUACUAAUGGAAGCUAGUGGCAGGUGAUUGGUCAGUGACAUGACUGUCCUUGUUUUUUUUUUUUUUUUUUUUAUAAUUAUCUGGUUGACAGUUUGAUUGUGAAAACCCAUUACCUCUGACUUCUGCUAGGAAAUGCAGCUACACUUGAGCCUUAACAGUGUUUUCUGUGAUAUCAUCCUGCCCUGUGUUGGCUUCCAUCUACAUUUACCAUUUCUGUGUUAUUUGCUGUGUAAAUAGUUAAGCUUGAUCAUUUUUCCUGAGUCCAAAACAUUCGUUUUCUUUUAAUUAUACCUGCCUCUGGUCUGGUGUUUUGAAUGAAUUUGCUGCUUCUCGUGUUUUUGUUGUUUGCCUGUAAUGUUUGAAAGCUGAUGUGACAAAGAGUGGAGCCACAGCAGACUGCUCAUGUUGUGUAUGGACCAAGAGAUGCAGCUGUACUGUAUGACCAUCAUCCAUUUUGAUUUUGAUUCUAACUGCUAUCUUCUCAUCUGUACCGCCAUGGUUGUCUCUGUAUGUGUGUGACGUGAGCGAGUAAAUGUUAUUUAAACUCA